AUGAUAAAAAAAAUAUUAAAAAAUUUAAGUAUUUCAAUUGAAAAUAAAGACGAUAAUUUUAGUCAUAUUGAAAAUAUAUUAAAUCUAAUUGAAGCAAUAAUUAUUCAUGAAAAUUCUUAUUGGAAAUAUGUAAAUAUUUUAAAUGAAUUAACUUCAUUAUGUUAUGAAGAUCCUGUAAAUUUCAGAAAAUUAUUAUUCAUUAAAAAGGAAAAGUUAGAUGAGCAAAAAAAGAAGGUUGAUCAAAUUAUAGACAGAAUAUUAAUAGUUUUAGAAAAAUAUGAAGAUUCAAGAAAUACUUUUAUUUAUUCCAUUACAAAACUAGUUUUGAUUAAUGAUUUUAAUUUAAAUAUUAAUAUUCUAAGUAUAUUAUGUAACUUAGUAAUGAAUGAAGAAUAUAAAUAUUAUAUAUAUGCUGCCUUUGAAGAAAUAAUAGUAUCAAUUAUACUAAAUUCAGCUGAAAUUGAAACAUUAGAAAAUAUAUUUCAAGGGUUAUACCAUUUACCAAAGGAUAAAUUUAUUGCUGGAUGUUUCAACAGUUGUAUGCAUAAAGUUAUCCAACAGUUAAGAAAUUCCUUUAAUGAACAUAUUUUGGGAUUUUUAUCAGUUUUAACAUUAGAAAAGGAAAACUGUUUAAUUGCAUAUGAUGAAGGACUUCUAAAAAUAUUAACUGAAGAAAUUGAUAAGUAUAAAAAUUAUGAUUUUGAUGAUAUUCCUAAUUAUUUUAAGGAUAUUUAUAUGAUAAUAUCACAACUAUGUAGUAAUUAUUUUAAACAUUGCGAUAUUUUAAUUAGGGACAAAAUGCAUUUGGAUUUUUUUUUUAAAAAAAUAAAAGAAAUAAUAAAUGUAAGUAAAAUAGAAAUUUCUAAAAAAAAAUCAUUUUUUUGUAAUAUAAUAAUUUUUACUUUAAAUAAUAUUUGUAAAUAUAAUGAUACAACUUUAUUUGAAUUGUGCAAUACAUUUCAUUUUAUCGACUUAUUGUUAAUUUGUAUAAAAAUGGAAUUGGGAAAUCCUUAUUUAUUAAGUGCUAGUCUAGGUGGGCUAUUGGUUGUUUUAAAAAAUCAAGAAAUAUAUAAAAGCAAUAUUGAAUAUAUAUUAGAUAAUACACAUAAUUUAAAAAUAUUAUUACCUUUUUUAUUUGGACAAAAAUAUAAUAAUAUAUAUAACUUUUAUUAUAAUUCUGAUAAUGAAAUAGAAUUAUACUUACUUGAUAUAAUAAAAUAUACUUUAGAUAUUAUUGGUUUUUUUUUUUUAAAAGAGGUAGAUAAAUUUACAAUUAAAGUUAAAAAAGAAUUCAGGAAUAGUAAUAUUAAUUACUUUUUGCUAAAAUGUUUUGAAAAAAAAAAUGAAGAUAUAAUUAUAAGAAUGCUAAAAUGCAUUUAUUUAAUUCCUUUUAAUGAUUAUAAACACAUAGAAUUACAUAAAAUUUUCUUUAUACUUCACGAAAAAAAUAUUAUUGUAAAUGAUAAAUGGAAAGAAAUUUAUUAUUACUGUAUAAAGAUAUAUAUAAAGGUUUUGAGAAAUGAAGAAGUUAAAAGAAUUAUAGAAUACUAUAAUUUUAAAAAUACUAUUAUAAGUGUUUUACGCAUUAUGAAUCAAUUUUUAUCAAGAAUAAAUGGGUUACAGAAAAAAAGUGAAUACCUACUUUCAAAAAAAAGGAUAGGAGAAGAAAAUGAUAAUAUAUUUGAUCAAGAAGAAAAAAUUGAUCUGAAUAAAAUAAGUGUAGAACUUUUAAGCAUUUCUUCACGAUAUAUUGAUUUACGUCCUUUUAUGAGAAAUAAUUCAAUAACAUACUAUUUUUUAGAAAUAUUAUCAAAUGAAGACAGUUUAUUCAGUGAAUUAACCAUUGAUUAUGAUAUAUUAGUAGAAAAGACAUGGUGUGGUAAUAUUGAAAAUAUAUUUAAAACUUUAAUGAAACAAAAUAUAAAAAAAAAUAAAAAAGUUUGUUUACGUCUUUUAAUUAAUAUAGCUGAUAUAUUUAGUGGUUAUUUUUAUUUGUUUAAAAGUAGUGCCAAUACAAACAUAUUUAAAAUAUGCAAUCGUGAGGAAAAACAGUGGAAUAAAAAAAAAAUAUUAGAAUAUUUCUUUUUAAUGAGUGAUAAUGAUAGAUUAGAUUAUAAAGAUCAAGUGUAUAUAUUUUUAAAACAUUAUAUGGGAAACUUAUUUUCUUUAUUAGAUAUAUUUAUUCAUAAUAAUAUUUUUACAGGAUUAAAAAAAGAUCUAGAAGAAAAUUAUUUUCCUGGAAUAUUGAAAUAUAACAAAUUAAGAUAUGAAAAAAAAAUAUGUAAUUUAAAACUAAAAGAAAAAGAGAUAAAAGAAAAAAUAGAAAGAAUUAAAAUAGAUAAAAAUAUUUCACAAUAUAAGCGUUUAAACGAAGAACUUCAGAAUGUUAAUAACAAAAAAAGGAAGCUUUUUUUUAAAUUAGAUAGUAACAAUUUUAUGCAAACAUUUGAUUUAUUUAUCGAUAAUGAAAUAAGCAAUAAUAUAGAAUUUAUGUUCGACCUACCUAAAGUCGUGAAAAAAAAAAAAACAAUCAAAUAUUUAAAAACAAAUUAUACGAAAAAAACAAUUGAUGACAAAAAUGUUUUAAAAAAAAAAAUGGAUUCUUUUGAUGAAGUUAACUUGGAUGUAAAUGAAAAAAAAAAUGUCAAUAUUGAUACGAUUGAUAAUUUAAAUAAUAAGGAAAUUGAAAAUAAUGAAAAUAGUAUAAGAAAUAAUUUAAGUAUAGAAGAUGAAGAAAAAAAAGACAUAAAAAAAAAUAUAGAAAAUUCAUUAGAUGAUUCAUAUUCUUACAGUGGUGAUUCUUCAUCAAGUUCACUAGCUGAAGAAAAUCCUAAUGAAACAGUCCUAGAUAAAAUUUCAUCUUAUCUUUUAAGUUUUGAUAAAGAAAUUGUUUAUGAGCAGAAAUUUAAUAAUUUUAAUAUAUUGUUAUUUAAUAAAAGAGGAGUUUUUAUUAAUAGUAGUAGAGGGGAAGUGAACGAAGCUUACAUAUUGUAUGCUGCUUUAAGAAUUUUUUAUAGCUUAAUUAUAAAUAACAUAAAUAAUGAAAAUUAUUUUCAAUUAAAGGAAUAUUUAUUAAGAAUAAAUGUUAUAAAAACUUUAAUAAACUUUUUAAAUCAAUGUAGUUUUUAUGACUGUAAUGUUUUUGCACACUUUCUUCGUUUAUAUAGUGAAAUUUUAAAAAAGAAUUUAACAUCUGUAGAAUCCAUGAAUAUGCUAAUAUUUUACAAUAUAUUUUUUUAUUAUUGUAAAAUUAUGUCUAGAGAAUUUAUAAAAAAAAUUAUAAAUAGUGAAUAUAUUAUAUCAUAUAAGGAACAAUAUUUUUUUGCUGAGUUGUCACAACUAUUUUACUAUUUUACACAAAAAAUUAUAUAUAUUCAUUUUUCUCAAUAUAGUGAAAUACAAAAAUGGUGUGUUGAUUGUUCUUUGUUUCAUUUUUUUUACAAAAAUAAUAUUUUGUUAUUACUCUAUUUAUUUAUUUAUAUUCAUAAUGUUCACUAUGGAUCAGUGUAUGCUUCAUAUAUUUAUCACAAAAAAAAUUUUCAUUUUAUUCAUACAAUAUUUUUUUAUACUUUAUUUUCUUUAUCUUAUUUAAUGUGUUUUUCAAAAAAAUUGAAGUAUUUUAUAUUAUACUUUAUAAAUUAUAAGAGAUAUAUAAAUAAAAUAUUAUUUAGGAAAUCUAUUAUCCAUUCCCUUUUUUUUUAUUAUAAAUUGAUAUUUAUUCGAAUAGUUUUUCAGAAUCAACUGUCUUUGGAAAAAAAGUCACCUAAACAAAUAUAUCACAUAUCUCCUGUUAUAUAUAUACGGAAGAAUAGUAUAGAAUGGUACUUUUUAGCAUUAGGUUUAGAUAAAUUUUAUUUAGUAUAUAUACCAGAUAAUUUCGAAGAAGAUAUUACAGAAGAUAAGGAUAUAAAGUUAAUUAUACAUUCAGAGAAAAAAUAUGUUGAUAUAACAAGAAUAUGCGUAAGUAAAAUAAAUGAUAACUUUUUUGUUUUUGGUUAUAUAAAUUUUGAAAAUAAUGCAAGUUAUGAAACAUAUGAUAUAUUUAUUAGCUUAAAUAAAUAUUUUCGCGAUGAAAUAAUAUCGUAUGCUCAGUUUUUAUCUGGUUCUGAUUAUGAAACAAGAGUUGAUUUAUUACAAGAUAAUAUUAUACCAAAUAAUUUAAAAAAUUAUAUGAACAUAAAAAAUAUUAUUAUGACAUCUUUUGCCUACAAAGAGAUAACACCAAGCGAUCAGUUAAAAAAAGAAAUGAAAGAAAAAGAAAAAGAAAAAAGGAAAAAAGAAGAUGAGGAUUAUGAAGAGUCUUAUGAAUCUAACAUAUUUUCAGAAUAUAGUGGUUCAUUAAAUGUGAGUAGUGAAAAUGAAAAAUCUGAUAAAUCUGAUAAAUCUGAUUCUCAAUCAGACGAUGAUUUUAAUAUAUUUAGAAGAAAUAAAAAUAAAAAUAAAAGAAAAUUAUUAUUUUUUGUUUUAACAAAGAAUCACUUAUAUGUUUUUAAGUUUAAUUUUAAGCACUGGAUAUUUUUAAGUCCUUUUAUAGAUGAGGAAAAGGAUGAUAUACUUCUUUAUGUUGAAUCAAGUUUAGAUAGUGAAGGAAAAAAAAGAAAAUUAUUUACAAAUAAUAAAAUAUAUUUAAAAAAUUUUUUAGGAAUAACAGCUGACAUUACUCAUAGUGGAGAUGUUUCCUUUGUUAGAAAAUGCGCUAUUAGAAAUACUAUAAAACAUAUUUAUCAAAGCAGUAAUACAGAAUGCACAAAUGAUCAAGUUGUAUCAACCUCUUUUACAACAACUAAUACAACCAAUUUGUCGGAUGAACAAAAAAAAAAUGAAAUUACAAGAAAUAAAGAGAAAUUUACUGAGAAAAAAAGAUAUGAAUAUGCCAAUAAAUUUUUAUUAAAAAUUGUCCAUAAAUAUAAUAACGAGUAUUUAAACAGAAUUAAAUUUUUAAAUAACAUUGAAAGUAUAAUUUCAUUAAAUUAUAAAGUGAAACAAAAUGAAAGAACUAUAAAAAAAAAAAUAAAAAUGGUUUUGUUUGACGAUUACACAAGAGAAUUGUGGAAACGAUCUAUAGCACAAUCUUUAAAUAUUCUAAUGACAUCAUCGGAAUGGAAAAGGAAAUGGAAUUAA